GGGCUUGUACAUGUGUUUGUUGACAAUUACAACUUCUUCAUUGAGGGAAAAUUUAAUAUUGGCCAACUUGAGUGUAUUUUUGAUGCUGAAAAAAAUUUGUACCAUAUUAAUCAGCUUCAUAUUGAAUACGGACAACUUCUUGCAACAGUUCAAGAUGGAUGUGGCCUUGGUGGUGCACCUGUUCUCAUUGGUUCUCAUCCACCCCCGAAUGACUUGCUAUGGAAAUGCAUUCAAAAACAAGGAUAUGAGGUAACAGUGUAUGAUCAGAAUGCUGAAAACCAUGAGAAGAAGGUUGAUAUGAAAAUUGUGCUAAUUGCUGGUGAUGGCGACUAUGUUCCAGUAAUAGAUGAAGUUUUGAAUAAAGG